GAAACUACGCCGUUUCAUGAAAUUCAAACGACGACGUUAUUGGGUAGAGUAAUAAACUUUGUAAAACAUCAAAACGACUGCGUUUGGGUGUUUACUCUCCAACUUCGUCACCGCCGUGACCUGGAUUUGUUGGGAGCGAAACCUUCUCCGGCGAAUCGAUCAAUUUGGGAAAUUCUGAUCCUGAGAUUAUGGAAUCGAUGGAAGCAGCUCCAUCUCCUCCUUUUCAAUCUCCCUCUCGCUCCAGCCAACAGUUACACUUCUACCUCGCCGUGGAUCGUACCCAAUUCAAAAUGGAGACAGUAGUGGAAUUAUUGGGGGUUUUAGGUCGUCGUCCAUGGCUUCCCAUUGUAGUUUCUUGCAGCUCUCGUGAUGAACUUGACGCCCUCUGCUCUUCUUUAUCUACCCUUCCUUACAUUUCAUUAGCUGCUUUGUACAGCGAUCUGGCAGAGAGAGAACGAACUAUGGUUAUAGAGAAAUUCAGGCGAGCAACAACUAACUGGAACCAGCAACUUAGAUCUGUAGUAGAAGAAGGUUUGGACGAGAGUGAAACUGGUAAAGAAGAGAAUAAAUCUCAUUUGGUUGUUGUGACCGAUGUUUGUCUUCCGUUACUCUCAUCUGGAGAAUCUCCUCUUUCCGCACGCGUUCUUAUAAACUAUGAGCUUCCCACAAAGAAGGAAACAUAUACAAGGCGUAUAACAACUUGCUUAGCUCCAGGUGGUAUUGUCAUAAACAUGGUUGUUGGAGGUGAAGUCACGACUCUCAAAAGCCUCGAGGAAAGCAGCGGCAUCAUCAUCGCAGAGAUGCCAAUCAAUAUUUCUGAAAUCUUGUAACAACAAUGCAUGGAUCUCCUACGAUCUGAAGGAUACGGGAUACGGGACUUCUCAAGAGAAACCAUUAGUUUAUGCCAAGGCAGAGAGAAGUCGUCUCUCUCUCUGCUGCACCUUUAGCUAUUGAGUUGAUCACCUUUGUCUAAAACGCUGCGUUUUUGUCAGUUUAAUCUAUCUUGCAAGAAAAACCGAACAUUUGGAUAAAGGCAGAAGCUACCUACAUACGUGAUUGAAUCUAUGUGAUUGUCAUUGUAGUUGAAUUCACGGUUAUUAUGUAACUAUCAAAUUUAUAAUCUUGUCAGAUUUGGUUUAUACGUGUUA